AAACAAAAUUGUUCUCUAGGUCCAUACGUUCUUGCUGCUGGUAUUACGACUUUUCUAUUAAGUAAGGAAAUAUGGGUAGUCGACCAUGAGUUCCCAUAUGUGUUAGCUACAAUCGGAGUAUUUUAUGUUGGUUGGAAAAAAUUCGGAGCAUCUUUGGCGAGCUCCAUCGAUAGAGAAAUUGAAGAAUAUGAAGCGUCUUGUAAUUCCAGCCGAAUAGGUGAGAUCGACAGUUUAAGGAAAACGGUUGAACAUCAAAAAAUAGAAGUGUGGAGAACUGAAGCACAAACCCAAAUAAUUCGAGCUAAACGAGAGAACGUAGCUAUUCAGUUGGAAGCUGCGUAUCGAGGACGGCUCAUUCGAGCGUACAACCAGGUAAAAAGACGUUUGGAUUAUCAAGUGGGUUUAGCUAACCUGACACGCACGGUACAACAUAGAUUCAUGGUAAAAUGGAUCCUAGACAAUGUAAAGUCUAGUAUUAAUGAAAAUGACAACUUCAAAAAAUGUAUCAAAGAUCUGCAAAUAUUAGCUGCAAAAGAAAAAUAAUGCUUAUGACGUAUAGAACGUAUGCUAACUAUUAUGACGUAUAGAAAUUCGGUAUGUGUAAUACCUCAUCAGUAGCUAUUAUUUUUAUGCUUUAAGUGUAUCCCAAGAUAAUUGAAAAUAUUAUGUGAAACAAUCAUUUACCAUAAUAAAUUACUGAACAAUAAUUUUGUAAUCUAUGGCAUAAAAUUUUACCACCACUAAAAUAUAGCACAAACCGAUAGCCUUUCGACUUUAAAUGGGCGCCCUCCUGCUUGUUAGUUGUGACCAAAUUGCAAAUUGAAUUGAAAUUAUUUUUCAAUUGUUGUGUUUCGGAAUCAUAUUGUGUAUUUAUAUAUAAUAUUAAAUAUAUUAUCUUGAUGGGAGCAUUGUUUCAUUUUGUUAUUAUCAUAGUUUUCUUCAAAAACAACAUUAGUGAUAUAACUUAGAUUUGUUUCGUUAUUCAAUUGGUUUAAAUCAAUUAAUGUAUUUGAGUAGGUACGUCAUAUCACCAAAAAAAGUUUCGUCUGUACAAAGGUGUUUACAGAAAGCUUCCCCAUGAUCUUUAACGCAUUUACAUUAAAUCUGUAAAGGCACACAUAUUAAAUGCUUUGCAAUAUUAUUAGUGUUCUUCCCUCUAAUUGGAAAUUUAAAACGAAAGCACGAACACCAUUCCGUAUUUCUUUUCUAUAAUUUAAAUAAUUAAUAUAUUUUUUUGAACAAUUAUCCAUUUUAAGAAGGUUCAUUUCUUUCAUACGUUCAUCCUAAUUUGUGUCAUACAUAAAUUUCUAAUUAUAUUUAUUAAAUGUUUUCGAUCAUUGUUAUGGAUUUGGGUGACUAGGUACUGUUCCGAAGCCAGCGUCAAACUGCUUGUAA